GUGACGGGGGAGGGCUUUCCCCCAAAAUACUGAAACUCCCCUAUAAAUGACGGUAGAGUCCCUUCCACACGUCCAAUAUUCAUUCUAAAAUACAGCUGCUCAACCUAGAGUACAAUUCUCUUGCUUCAAACCCUUCUUACUUGUAUCUCAGUUACCAAUCCAGCCAACUAUAGUUCCCAAAAUGGCCGGUCUUUUCAAAGGCAUCCAUGGAGUCAUUCAAGAUAAGACUGGCGUCGCUGCGGGUGCUGCUCAGGAGGCAGUAACCGCUGUUGGAGAAAUACCAAAGGGGGUUUUGGAUAUCAUCGCCGACGACAAAAAGGAGCCGCAGCAGAUCCUGCAUGUUUACUCGUACAGUCGGGAGAGCAAGCUGAUCAAGGAGAAAUGCUGCCUACCAUUCAAGAAUGUGAAAGAGGAGGAGAUGCAGCUUACGGAUAUCCGCAAGCUGCUGAUUGGAGAGAAUAUCGUGGAGCCUAGACUGGUUUGGAGCUCUUUCUGCAACCAACGUGGGGCAGUUGUGCAGGAUAUCACGAACUUCAAAGCAUACCUCCAGAUUUUAAACGAGAAGUCCAGUGAGGGUGCUGAAACAUCGCAAGAUAAUGCAGAUACCUAUCGGGUCUACCUUCUGUCCGAGAAGAUUAUCAACCAGGACGUUAUCAACAAGGCGAUCCUUGACAGAGGAGAAAAGGUCACUGCCGACAAGAGGCUCACAGAGCUGCCAAGGGCCUCACAACCAGAGCCUAUUCAAGCACCCACCAGCUUUAGUCACAAUAUCUUCAUCAAUCCUACCACAACAUUCAGCAUCGUACACCCUGCGGACAUGUCUGAGAAGCAGUGGAGUGUGGUUGUACGUAACAACUCCCUUCUUAACCCUUACCGGGUUGUGGACCUCGGAAAGAAAGGGGGAAAAAUCGUGGAGCGUUCCAUCCAUAGCGCUUUUGUUCUGAAGCCGCGAGCGUUCCAAGACUAUCAGAUAUCCGCCAGUGGAGCAAAAACUUCAGUUAAUGCGCAGCAAAUGCUACGAAUUCCUUUCUUCCGUAUUGAAGAUGACUCAUACAUUGAACAAUUCGAGGAAAACAAAUCGGUGUCUCGCGCGGUUGCAGCGAGUUCUAUGUCUCAAUUUGACGCAUCUCUGGCGAUUGAAGGUGGUGCUUUUGGGUUCAGUGCAAGUGCGUCAGCAAGCUAUGGAGAGAAAAACUCUUCCUCGGACUCUUCCAGUUCCAGCGAGGAGACCAGAGUGAUGAACAUUACAUACAACUUUCCUCGGGUUAUCAUCGAUUUUGACCACCAGAGCCUUGACCUUUCUAACCAGUGUAAGGCUGACUUGAAGGCCGUGAGCACUGCUGCCGAUAUUGAGAGUUUUAAGGACAAAUAUGGUCGCUUGUUCGCCAUGAGAGUCCAGCUUGGUGGAAGACUACAUGCCGCAGAAGAGUCUACUGCCCGUUCCUCAGCUGAGAGAGCGGAGCAUGCUAAGUCUCAGAGAGCUGCAGCUGCACUGUCAUUCAAGUCGCCAUAUGUGCAGGCUUCCGCCAAUAUGAGCAAGUCCAAUGCCGAGGACUCGAGCUCUGCAACACAAACCAGCUCCUCAAACAAAUCCAUGUGUUGGGAAGCGAAGGGUGGCGACACCCUACUCUGCAAUGAUCCUCCUGCCUGGGCAUAUACAGUUGGUUCAUUCUACAACUGGCGUGUUGUCAAGCAAUCUAGUGUGCUCGCCAUUGAAGACGUGAUUUCGUCCAUCCCAGGAUACCAGGAUACUAAGCAGAUAUUUGCAGGCAUCCUGGAUAAGAAUUCUAAGAAGGCCACACCUGGAGAGACUCAACAGAAACCUGGCAUAAUCGGCUUCCAGUUGCGGAGCAAGAUGGUCGAUAAGUAUGUGACCAUAGGGCAGCAAGCCACGAAAGACGAAGUUGCUAAACAUAUCUCCGAAUUAACCGCUGGAAAGCCCACUACUAAGAAAAGAUUGCGGUUCAUCUCAAACCUAUCUGUCUCUAUCACCGACGCUUAUCAAUUACAAUUUGAGUACAAGAAGGAUUCCGUAAAUCAAAAGUUUUAUGUUGAUGCCGAAUCCUCUAAAGAUUCCACAGAGACUAAGCUGAAAUACAACCACCCUUACAAGAUCUACAGUAAGGAUGGAAAAGAGGACAAGCUAUGGUUCUUCUCCAAUCGAAUUAUGCCAGGAUAUAUGUCCACUGCUUUCGUUUGGGCUGCUAAGGAGAAGGGCGCGACAUCCUUCCGAUUCCUCUUGCCUAGCAAUCUAGACAAUUCGCCUUCCCGGGAUAUUGAGAAUGGAGAGGAAGUCUCCAUUCAGCUUUUUGACCAACAUGAUCAUGAAAUCAAUCUGGCUACGCGAUUUGACAGAAGGGGCGACAAAGUAGGCACCGUUGUGGACUUGGAUGAUUUCGCGAAACUAGCCAAUGACCUUGAUACUACUUGGGAGCUCAGUUACUUGUGAGCUGAUGGGAUUCGCGCCUUUGGAAUAAAUAUUUCGCACACUCCGCUGUAGAGCUGAAAUCCCAUCUUGUGAUAUUUACCCCGAUUCAUAUUUCGCAGAGUACUUUUCGUUCACUCACAACGGUCCUCGCCUUCGAAGACAGGUGGCGAAACUAUUCUAGUUCCUUUUAUCAUCCAUGGCGUAAGCCUUAGUGAUAUAAGAAGGAGUAAGUAUAUAUCUGUCUACAUAGGUUUAGAAUCAAGGUUGAGCCCCACU